AUGUACAAUGAAGUUGCUGUAACGGUCCUUGGUACCAUUGGAACAGUAUUAUGGUGUGUUCAACUAAUUCCGCAAAUCGUUCGGAAUUUUAUCGUAAAAGAUUGUACCGGGGUACCUGCAAUGAUGAUGUUUUUAUGGACAGCUAGUGGUAUACCCUUCGGGAUUUACUUUUUCGGCACUGAUGGGUCUGUGCCAUUGAGAGUACAGCCUCAACUCUUCACAUUCUUUUGUCUGAUAACGUGGGCUCAGACUUUAUACUAUCCUCCUCUCAAAGUGAGUGUAAUCAAAAUGGUGGCUCUUGUGGGGACUUUUGUACUAGUAGCUGUGGGGCUCGAAGUUGGGUUUAUACUUUGGUUACGACCCAUAUAUCGUGAUGGUAAACAUUGGCCGAUGUUGGUUAUUGGCAUUAUUGCUAGUGUACUCUUGGCAGUUGGGUUAAUUCCCCCAUAUUUCGAACUAGCAAAACGACAAGGAAGAGUGGUAGGGAUUAAUUUUUUUUUCUUGGGUAUGGAUUCAAUGGGUGCAUUGUUCUCUUUGGUGAGUAUCAUUGUGGGGUCUAUGGAUCGAAUGAGUAUGGCACUUUAUGCAAUCGUUUUGGCGCUUGAACUUGGCAUAUUUACUAGUCAAAUACUCUGGUAUAUCACUAUUGGUCGCUCUAUUUUGAAAAGAGAAAAAGAAGAGAAAGAAAAGAACAAUACGGAUGCUGACGAAUUGGAUAAAAAUGGUCCUGAGAAUCUAUUUUCACUAAUUCUGAUUAAGCGUAUAAAGAUGAGGUUGGAGAAGUCAAAAUUACCAGAUGGUGAGGAACGGGUCACGACAAAACCUGAUGAUGAGCAAAGUACUACAGAAUCAUAG